GGAACAUACGAUAGCCUGUCGUUAUAUGGGGCGACCUCGGACUCCGAGCGAGACACCACAGUUUUUUUUUAUUUUUUCGAUUAUCGUAUAUAUAACUAAUAAGCUUUCCAGAUCUGGAAUAACUAACACUUGCUUUAAGACAACGAAAGCGAUUUCAAUUAACUAUGUAUAGAAGUAGUGGGGUAACCAUAUCUCGAGCUAGUAGAUAUUUAUAUCUGCUGGUUUCAAAGAAAUUAUGGGACACUUCCUCACAUUUCAUACCUCAAAGAUCAUUUGGGAUAGUGAAAAAUCAUCCUAAGAUAGUACUAAAAUGUGAUAAACCUAUUAAGCUUCAGUAUAAACUGCAAGGUUUUCAUAAUUCUAGUAGAUCAUUCAAUGCGUCUAAGCAAAAAUCAACUGAAGUCAAAUCUUCAAGUACUACUACUGUACCGAAAUCUUCUCCUCCUACUACUACUACUACUACUAAAGAUUCACCCUCUUCAUUAUUUGGUAGAGAUAUCUCAACUUCACAAUUAAAAAUGUUAUCUUCAUUAUUAUCAACCAUAUGGCCUAAAAAUAAACCUAGUUUUAAAUUUAGAGUGGUAAUUGCUCUUGCAUUAUUAAUUGGAUCUAAAUUAUUAAAUGUUCAAGUGCCAUUCUUUUUUAAAAGUAUUAUUGAUGAAAUGAAUAUUGAAUGGACAGAACAUUUAGGAACGGUAGGUACUGUAAUUGGAAGUUUAAUACUUGCUUAUGGUGGUGCAAGAUUUGGAGCUGUUUUAUUUGGAGAAUUAAGAAAUGCUGUAUUUGCUUCUGUCUCACAGAGUGCUAUUAAAAGAGUAGCAUAUAAUACAUUUUUACAUUUAUUGAAUAUGGAUUUACAAUUCCACCUUUCAAGACAAACUGGUGGAUUAACAAGAGCCAUUGAUAGAGGUACAAAGGGUAUAAGUUAUGUUUUAAGUGCAAUGGUAUUUCAUAUAAUUCCUAUAAGUUUUGAAAUUAGUGUUGUAUGUGGAAUCUUAACUUAUAAUUAUGGAUUAUCAUUUGCAGCCGUAACUUUAUCAACCAUGUUAGCUUAUUCAAUUUUUACAAUUAAAACCACAAGUUGGAGAACUGGAUUUAGAAGACAAGCCAAUAAUGCUGAUAACCAAGCUGCUUCAGUUGCUCUUGAUUCUUUAAUUAAUUAUGAAAGUGUUAAAUAUUUUAAUAAUGAAUUAUAUCAAGCUUCAAAGUAUGAUAGUUCUUUAGUGAAAUACCAAAAUGCUUCAAUUAAAGUUGCAACUUCAUUGGCCUACUUAAAUGCUGGACAAAAUUUAAUUUUCACAAGUGCAUUAACUGCCAUGAUGUAUAUGGGAUGUCAAGGUGUCGCUGCUGGAACAUUAAGUGUGGGUGAUUUGGUAUUAAUUAAUCAAUUAGUAUUUCAAUUAAGUGUUCCUUUAAACUUCUUAGGUUCAGUAUAUCGUGAAUUAAAGCAAUCAUUAUUGGAUAUGGAGAACUUAUUCCAAUUACAAAAUCAUGAAGUUAAAAUUAAGGAUGCACCAAAUGCUCCACCUUUAAUGUUGAAUCCAAUAGGCAUUCCUGGUGAAAUUAAAUUUGAAAAUGUUUCCUUUGGAUAUCAUCCAGAUAGAUUAAUUUUAAAGAAUGCUAGUUUCACUAUUCCUGCUGGUCAGAAAGUAGCUAUAGUUGGACCAUCAGGUAGUGGUAAAUCAACUAUUUUAAGAUUAGUUUUCAGAUUUUAUGAUGUUACUGAAGGAAGAAUCUUAAUUGAUGGACAAGAUAUUAGUAAAGUAACUUUAGAAACUUUACGUAAACAAAUAGGGGUUGUUCCACAAGAAACACCAUUAUUUAAUGAUACUAUUAGAGAAAAUAUUCGUUAUGGUAAUUUAUCUGCUUCAAAUUCAGAAAUUGAUCGAAUGAUUCUGCUCGUACAAUUAGAUAGAUUAAUUAAGGAUUUACCAGAUGGAGUUAAUACUAUAGUAGGAGAAAGAGGAAUGAUGAUUUCAGGUGGUGAAAAACAGAGAUUAGCCAUUGCUAGAUUAUUAUUAAAGAAAGCACCAAUCACAUUUUUUGAUGAAGCUACAUCAGCAUUAGAUACUCAUACUGAACAAGCUUUAUUAAGAACAAUUCGUACUGUAUUUAGACUGGAAAGUUCUACAAAUGUUUCAAUUGCUCACAGAUUAAGAACAAUUGCAGAUGCUGAUAAGAUCAUUGUCUUAAACAAGGGCCAUGUUCAAGAAGAAGGUACCCAUUAUGAAUUAUUGGCUAAACCAGAUUCGUUAUACUCACAAUUAUGGAAUAUUCAAGAAAAUCUUGACCUUGAAGCUCAACUUCAAGAAGACAAAAAAUAUGCUGAUGAUUUAGAUAAAGCAGAAGCUGCUGCAUUAAAUCAAACCAAAUAACUUUAUUUAGAAUCUUGUAAUAUAAAAUAUAAAGUAUUUAUUCGAUAGAUCUUUCUAGAUCAUUAUUACAUCAUAAGUCAUCACUUCGGCAAUAAAUUCCGCACGCCAGCGGCUUUUGGUAGGGGUUUGUUCCGAUGUCCCCCUGUAUAUAAAGGUGGCAUAAAGAUGAACGAAGACAGGAUAAGGAUUUUUCUAAAUUAUUAUA